AUGGCGACGGUUGCAGCGGAGGCGUGCGUGUUCCUGGAGGUGCGGAGACGGCUGCAGAGCGCGCUGCUGAUCCUGGGGGAUUCCAAGGAAGGAGGUCUGCCCAUGGCUGUUUCGGUAACGCCGUCCUCGCUCCGGAUGCAGAGCCCCGGCGGCUGCACGGAGCUCCGGCUGCCGGCAGGGGUCAGGCUCGCGCCGUCCUCCUGCCGCGGGCUGCAGCACGUGCCCGGGGACGGGCUGCACCUGCGGCUGCACGCGCGGGCCGAGUGCCGCCCAGAACUGAUUUCAGUGUUUAAUCAAAGCUCACAAGCCCAAGAAUGUUGCACGUUUUAUUGCCAGUCCUGUGGUGAAGUCGUCAUAAGGGACAGGAUGCUCCUGAGAGUGCUCCCCCUGCCAGGCGAUAACUGGGGUUCUCUGGUUGACGAGUGGUGUUGUCAUCCUAACCCCUUUGCUAAUAAGCCACUUCAUCCACAAGAGAAUGACUGUUUCACCGGAGACUGUUUUUACCUGGUGAAUUUAAAGAGUGAUUUGUGGCAGCCAAGACCUGAAGGAGCCCCAAUGGAGACACACCAUCCUUCUUCUGAGAACCAUCUAAAAUUGACACCAAAGGCAAAUACCAAGGUAAUUUGUAAGCGUUGCAAGGUAAUGUUGGGAGAGACUGUGUCAUCAGAAACCACUAAGUUUUAUAUGACGGAGAUAAUUAUUCUGCCAUCUGAAAGAAAAUUUCCCAUCAUACCAAGGUCUCAGUUUGUACAGAGCAUUAUCGCCCAGUGUAUGGUGGAACUCUCCUCUGCUAGAAGCACUUUUAGAUUCACUAUUCAAGGUCACGAUGACAAAGUAUACAUUCUGCUAUGGCUUUUAAACUCAGACAGUUUGGUGAUUGAAUCUUUGGGACAGUCCACAAGUAUCCAGAAAUUCCCUGUGUUGGAAGAUGUAUUGAAGGCCGAUGCCAGUUCCGCCUGGAAUGCAGUCAAGGUCCUCUACCAGCCAUGCAUCAAAAGCCGGAACGCAGAGCUCUCCAGCUUGUGGGAAAAUGACGUCAGUGUACACUCCCUCACCCUGCCCUCUCCAACCUGCCUGGAGCUGCUGUUGAUACUGUCGAAGAGUAAUGCCACACUGCCCCCUUCCCUCCGCUGUAUGAAUUCCUUCCAGGUGGCCUUUUUGAAGAUGUAGCCAAGGGAGUCGACACAUUCCUCUGCACAGCACGGGGUGCGCCGGCAGCCAGCAGUCAGCACAGUGGGCAGCAGUUACAGAGACAAGAACCUGGCUACAGAAAGAACAGGGCGCUGCAGUUCUGAGUUUCCUUGCUUGCAUCUGUUCUCUAAGAGAAGAGUUAACUUUAAAUCUCUGAAAUACCGAGGCUGUGCAGAAAGUCAUAGUAGCAGGUUGAGAGAUAAGUAUAGAAUUUUCAUCUCUGUUUCCCACCGAGAGGAACAUUCAGAUAUGUGCUGUGUCAGCACCACCUGGAGAGAGAGAGCUGGCGGAGACCCAUCUGUCCUGUGUGGAGGCAGCGAGGGGCUUCGCUGGUGGAAUUGAAUGUUAGCUGCUGUAAAUCUUAGAACAUAAACUUCCAGAGAACUUCUCAGAUUUG